UAAAAAAUCUCUCCCAAAAUUGAAAUUUCUCUCCUUCCCAUAAAUCAAAUCUCUCCCAGAAUCAAAUUUGAACCGCCGUUGUCUGUCAUCUACCACCACCACCGCCGGCUAUCAUCUACCAAAAAAACUUCGGUUCUCUUCAACUCACCCAAAAAGCCAAAACACAAACAAAACCAAAAACAUUUCCUUCCAAUUCUCUCAAGUUUCCUUCCAUGGCUUUCACCAACUCUCUCUUCUCUUCUUUCAACUCUUCCUCGAACUCCACUCACCGAUUCCGAUUUCUCCCCUCUAAUUUCUCACGACUCAUUCAUCUCAAUUUCAGUGGCAAUUUCCCUCCGAUUUCUCGCAAUUUCUCUCAACAACGGCUUCUCCACGCAAGAAAACAGAAGCCAGGAACAUUCUAUAUGCUACCAGUGAUCGUACAAAUGCAGUUAGUUCAACCCAUUGAAGUCAGAAAGAAAAGAAAGAGGAAGAGAGAAAGAAAAUCUGAAGAAGAAAGAAGACAAAGAAAGUAUGCUAUGAUGAUAUCUUUAUGAUUUCUUCUACUUUGGAAGUGUUUGUGCUUCUA